UUCCGGGGAGUUCCCUUUGACUCGCUAAAAUUUGCAGUGGAUCGAAAACCAUUUUUUUCCCCAAUAUGUAGUUAAGAUUUUCGUAAGCGUUUUACCGAGUAACUUAUAAACUCGCCGGAUAAGUGGGUGGAAAGCGCACCCUCAGCACCCAGGGGCACACGGCACAGCUCUGGAUGAAACGGAGCCCAGGACCGAGCAUGCUCGCUGGUCGUGACGGAAUGGAGCCGGCAGCUGGUGAGACUGAGUCCGGGGACCGGGGGGCAGAGGAGCAGCGGGCAGGUGCUGUGGAGGGCUGCCCCCCUGUGGUGCCUCGCUCGGAGUGGGGGGCCCGGCCCCCGAGACUCUCUGAGAGCAUGCAGGUCCCGGCAGCACUGGUAGUGAUUCACCACACCGCCCUGUCGCCUGGCCACACCCACCCUGCCUGCUGUGCGCAGCUCCGGGACAUCCAGCAGCUGCACAUGGACGAGUGUGGCUGGAACGACAUCGGCUACAACUUCCUGAUUGGUCAGGACGGCACAGUGUAUGAGGGGCGGGGCUGGGGUGUGGAAGGCGCACACACUCGCAUGUUCAACAACGCAGCGCUGGGCAUCGCGCUCAUGGGCUGCUUCACCGACUUGGCCCCCAGCCAGGAGGCUCUCUCUUCGGCCCGCAGGCUGCUCUGCUGCGGGGUGUCUCUAGGAUACCUGCUUCCUGCCUUCACCCUGAAGGGGCACCGUGACCUGGGCAGCACUCAGUGCCCCGGGGACAUGCUGCACAGCUCCAUCCAACAGUGGGAAAGCUACCGACCCUGAAGGGCUACUGCCACACCAUCCACCAGGAGGCAGGAGAGAGACCCCGAGGAGACAGGGGGCAGGAGCAGGCUCGAAGGGAAGGGGAGCCUUCUUCC